UUUGUGCAGAAACGACCUUGAACACAUGCAAUACAUGUCUGGAGUUGAAGAACUUUCAAGUACGGAUAACACAUCUUCGGAAAGUGAUGACGCAUGUGAAGCUUCGCAUAGCGAGAGAGAACCUGCAAGUGACAACGAAAGUCUUCCAGACCUUGCCGUGGAAACGGUUUCUUCGGAUGUUCCUGAAGUGACAGGGAAUCGUGUUAUAGACAUUGUGCACUUCCUGAGAGAAAUGAAAGUAAUCCACGAGCAUCCGAAUGUUUGCACUCUUGGACGUUUCGAGCUGAUGAGCGAAAACAGAUCUGGGUUAGCAUUCCACCUGAAAUAUUACUAUCAUAACUGUAAAACCCUUACACAGUUUCUUCUGCGCCCCCUGAAAAAUAUGAAGAUGUCAACAAUGCACUUGUCUGGGGAGCUUUGUCUGUUGGUAUUGGUUACUCACAAGCUGAAGAGCUAUUUAGCAUAAUGGAUAUUCCAUUUAUGAGUUACAAUAAAUUCAGAAAACAAGAAGAAGUUGCUGGAAAGACGUGGGAGGAACAAUUAUAUCUAGAGCUGAAGAAAAAUGGGGCUAAAGAAAGAGAAAUAGCUCUAGAAAAAAACCAUACAAAGGACGGUGUUCCGUAUAUCGCUGUUCUCGGAGACGGAGGAUGGGCUAAAAGAAGCUAUGGCCAUGGUUUUAGUUCAACUGCUGGAGUAGGGGUAAUUAUUGGAAUGGAGACGAACAAGCUAUUAUACCUGGGGAUAAGAAACAGUUUCUGUUUUCUGUGCGCUCGCAGCAAAACUGAAAGGAAAACAGUGCCCCCGCAUACUUGCUACAAAAACUAUACUGGACCUGCGACUGGGAUGGAGCAGAGCAUUAUUGUUGAAGGAUUCAAUAAAAGCGUUGAACAGCAUGGGCUAGUCUACUUGAAUUACUUAGGGGAUGGUGAAUCCAGCGUUUUCGCUCGCAUACAGGAACAGGUGUCGUACGGGCGAUAUGUGCAAAAGAUUGAAUGCAGUAACCAUAUGACUAGAGCAUUCAGUGAUGGUUUGCACAAACUUGCACGGAACACAUUAUAUCCUCUAGAAGGAAGAAGAAUCUUGACGGAAAACGUUGAAGGAGUGUCGAGAUUGGAACGUCUUGUAAAAGGAGUGAGAACUGCAAUCAAGUCAGCUGCAGCUCUAGAUGACAAAGCUGAAGCAUGUGCCGUCCUUCGAACAGACGUAGCAAAUGCACUCAACCAUGUGUGUGGCAGACAUGAACAAUGUAGGGACUUCUGCAAGAGGAAAAACAGUGCUGAACGUGACGUUUUGGGCAUAUUAGAGUCGACUAAUUUGGCAAAUCCCAUUAUGACAUUAUUAGAUCGCAUUAUUCGAAAUGCAGACAGACUUACAUUAAAUGUGACUACAAAUCAGGCAGAAAGGUGUGUAUGUUAAAACAUACUAUUUAACACAUUUUGAAAAUAUUUAGCUUUUUGUAACUGAGAUUAGAUUUUCUAAUAGUUGUUCAGUAUUUAGUUCUAGCAAUAAAAAAUUAUUUGCAAAUUUUAAAUAGUUAAUAAUUUCUUAUAAAUAAUAUUUUCUUUUGUAAUGUUUUACAUAAUAU